UGGCAUGGAUUUAAAACGCGUUUUUUUUAAACGCGUUUUAGUUGCGAAUACCGUCAUACCCUAACUGUAACUGGGCGUAAGGUUCACGCUGCCAUUAGCUUCUUUUUAUACCCCAAAUCGCGUGAAGUUCUGAUCUUACAGAAUCGAGUCUUGGAUUACGAAAGACUUCGACUCUUCUCUCCUUUGCGUAACAAUCAAGCAUCCCAAACCUUGGCUUCCUUGUUUUUGAUCUUGGUUCGUGCCGCAGCGCUGUUUGGCUUCUCACAGAAGAUCUCGGGUGGAUGAUGUUUAUUGGGUUUUCUGUGGGUAUACAAUCUCUGAUCAAUCAUAGAAGUUUUUCGGAGAGAGUUUUUCUGGUUUUCCACUGACGCGAUACGUUCGAUCUCUUCGCUGGAGGCAAUUUCAACGUUCCUGCAGUUUCUGUCUCUCAAAAGUAUUAGAUCUUGUUGAGUCUUGUACGAUUUGCUUCAAUCGUUGUUGGGAAAUUGAAAAAAAAAAAGUGAUCAGAAGAAAAAUAUAGUUGCUAUUGUUUGUUAUUACUUGUACCUGUAAUCGUUUCUCCAAAGUUGAAUGAAAUAUUCUUUUCUUUGUUGCGAUUUCUUCUUCUGAACAUUUAGAAUUGACAACAGGAAUUUAGAAAAACUACCAAAAGAAGAAAUAUAAAAAGAAGCAAAUAUGGCUGGUGUAGUUUAUUACAAGUUUAAGAGUUCGAGAGAUUAUUCUUCGAUUCCGAUGUUUGGGAAUUUCAUAUCUGUUGCGAAUUUAAAGACUGAAAUAUUUCAAUCCAAUCGUUUGCGGAGGAAUACUGCUCUCAUUCUUUCAAACGCCAACAGUAACGAAGAGUAUCUUGAUGAAGACAUGUUGAUACCGAAACAUACAUCUGUUAUAGUUCGUCGGGUUCCUGGAAGGCCUACACUGCCGAUUGUGGUUGAAAAACACAAGAAAAAAUUUAUAGAGGAUAAGGGGGAGGCUACACAGGCCAAUAGUAGCUUUGAUGCGGCACAGUCGGUCUUAACAACUGCUUCGACACAUCUAUCUCUCUCCCCUGAAAAGUUUAUAGAGGAUAAGGUGGAGGCUUUGCAGGCCAACAGUGGCUUUGAUGAGGCGCAGUCAUCCGUUAUGAAAUUUCCUGAGGAACUGGACUUGGAUGAUUUUGGUGAUGAUGUUUAUGCUGAUCCAAAAGUAUUGCCAGUUUGGUCCAGCAACCCUGUGGUGGAUGCUCCCUGCCCAAGUGAAACUGAUGAGGAUAGCAGGAUCAUGGCGUUAGUUAAUACUCCAGCAUUGAACUGGCAGGGGCCAAGUCAAAAGGGUCUCUGCUCUGGUAGAGAUUAUGGAAGGGGCAAAGGUAGAAGAAUGAUGGGUGCCCAGGGUUGUGGUAACUCUCCCAGCAACCCUGUGGUGGAUGCUCCCUGUCCAAGUGAAACUGAUGAGGAUAGCAGGAUCAAGGCAUUAGUUAAUACUCCAGCAUUGAAUUGGCAGAGGCCAAGUCAGAAGGGUCUCUGCUCUGGUAGAGAUUAUGGAAGGAGCAAAGGUAGAAGAAUGAUGGGUGCCCUGGGUUAUGGCCGGGCUGGGCUGGAUGCAAUGACACCUCCGCAGGGCUAUGUAUGUCAUAGAUGCAAUAUUUCUGGACAUUUUAUACAACAUUGCCCUACAAAUGAUGAUCCCAACUAUGACUUUAAAAGAGUGAAAUCCACAGUUUGUCCGGUUGCUGUUUUGAAUGAGGCUGCUUUUGAGAAGGAAUUUGAAGGUUUGCCUUCCACCAAAUCUGUCACCAAUUUUCCACCAGAACUCCACUGUCCUAUGUGCAAGGAAGUAAUGAAAGAUGCUAUGCUAACACGCAAGUGCUGCUUUAUGAGUUUUUGUGACAGAUGUAUCAGGAACCACAUCAUUUCAAAUUCAAUGUGCUUUUGUGGGGCCACAAAUGUGCUUGUAGAUGAUCUUGUGCCUAAUGUGACCCUCAGGGAAACCAUCAUUAGUAUCUUGGAAAAUUCUGGUAGCAUGAAAAACCAAGGUACAGACUCUGCCUGUCAUGAGCAGUCCAAACUUUUAUCUUCCACUAUUUCUUUUGCAUCAAGUGAAGAUAAGAUAUCAUCACCAAACAAGGAUGGAACUUUAUAUAUAAAGGAGAGAACAGAUGAGGAAAAGGAUAUCACCAAUGCCCCACAAUCUUCUUUGGAGGAUGGGACGGGUGCACCAGUGACUCUGAACAAGAACGACGUGCUGGAGGAGCGGGCUUCCAAUGAUCCAGAUGGGUACAAUCAGGGGAGUAUCCCUCGGGAUCUUGUACCUGGGGACUGUAUGAUGCCUCUUUGCUCUUCAGCUUAUAAUCCACAUGGGGAUAACAUGCCACUUGGAAUGGAUGGUUAUAUGGCUUGUUAUUUUGGUGUUCCUUCCCACUGGGGUUAUGCUGCUCCCUACUUUAACGUUCCUGUUGGAGGACCUAUGUCUCAAGAAUCUUUUGUUGGACACUGGGAUUCGUUGUCACAUCAAAGGGAUCUAUCUGAAAGAGCUUGGAUGUCAAACCCAAUAGUCAAGAUUUCUGAGCCGAGGAGGAAGCAUAAGAUAAAGCAACAUGGAGAAAGAAGAUGUUCUGGCAGACAACAGUACAAUCAAGUGAAUAACAGUGUUGAUGUUUCUUCAAUGAGAUCCCAAUCUUUAGCAGCUGCAGAACAUGAACAUCACAAUGACCAGUUCCACCAAGCUGAAAGGUCAAGUAUGAAGCGAUCAGUGCACAAGGUAGAAGCAUUCCAGCUCCAUGAACGGCCCUACCAAUAUCAAAAUCAAGAUCAUCAUCAUGUCAAGGCUGCUGCAGACAGGAAACGGAACGGUAGUGAGCUCUCAAGUACAACCUUCACUGGUCAAGAUAUCAGCAAGAAGAGGGCGUUGCCUCCCAGAGAGGCUGGUAAUCCCAACAGGAAGAAACUGGUAUCGUGUUCGAUGGAAACAUCUGUAUCUAAUGGCCAGAGGAAAUACAGAAGAACCUUCGAUCACAAUUUGAGCGAUGAUGAUGAUGAUGAUCGAAAUUUCAAAAGGAAGCCCUCCUGGUAUCAAUCACCACUGAGAUUUGAAGAGCGAACAAUCCCAAUAUGAACCAAUAGCCCAACUAUGAUGCCUACUCGAGAACCGGCAUUUUAAUAGGUAGAUCUGAUGGGCAUAUAUAAGUGGAUUGGCUUUGGGGGGGUGGGGUCUUAUUCUUUAUUCUGUGUAAAUUUUUUUUUCUUUUUUUUUUGAAUGGAUGGUUCUCAUUACAUCCUUGUAAACUGUAUGUAAGAUACAGCUGUUUCUUUAAACUUUCUUGUAUGGAUAUUUGUUACUUUUUAUGGCAAUGAAAGAUGCAUUGGGAUUCAUUA